CCUCCACGUGGUGAGACCUGGGCAAUCAUAUUGAUCAUAAUGUAAUUUUCUAAUCAUUUAUAGACUUUUAGUUAUUCGUGGUUUAUAUAAGCAAGGUAUUAUCAUAUAAUUUAUUAAUUAUUUUAUUAUGAACAAUAUGAGCAAAUGGCUGCGAGUUUUAUAUAUGUAAAUACAAUUUUGUCGUUCGCAGUUGCGGUAUUUAUGUAGUAUUCAAUUAUUCCCGGUUGUCUCGCUCAUUGCCAGUAUAAUUCCAUUUAAACUUAUUCUUUAAAAUCGUAGAGUGCGCUACAAAGCAAUUGGCAAAAAUGUUUUAUGUUUCGUCGGUAAUUCAGAAUAUUGGACUCCAACUCCCAUCGGUUGAUAUGUCUUACUUGUGCCUUGAUGGUAACGUUGAACUCGAGUCAUUGAGUGAUGGGGUAUGGAAGCAAUCUGCAGUUACCGUCAAGGUGGGUUCAACUGCUGCAUUUCGAAAUGUUUCUCAGUUUUACCAUUAGGGUGAAGGAGAUGGCACUCGCAUUCGAGUCACAAAUUCAAGACUCCUUUAGAACAAAGGCAUAUAUUUAGUCUUAUUGGAUAUGUAAUCACUGCUGUUCCCAAAAUAUGCAAUGAUAUAAAAUGGAAAAGCAGGUAGAUAUAAGAUUUGAAGAAUAUUUUCAAUUAUGAAUAUGAUAUUUUUAUCUUACUGCUUUAAAUCAAAUAGUUAUGUUAGUUUGAUUCAGAAUAUAAACUUAAAGAUCGAGAAUUACUGUAUCAGCACAUUAGUGUAUCAACCAAUGUAUUCGUAUAAUCAAAUGAUUUUUACAUACAGUAGAAUAUUUAGAAGGGGUUUGACGCCAGCAGAAGCAACCCCCAGCAAAACUAAUCACUGGAUAAUGGACAAAUUUAUAUUCGUGUUUCGAUCCCCUACCACUGGUAAAAUGUCACCCAGUACAUAUAGCUAUAUAGUUCGAUCCUCCCUGGUCCCAUCUAGGGUCAAAUCAAGUUUCUUAAUUAAAGAACCCACUGAUUCUUUACACUCUCCCGUUUCCAAACCUGUUUCCAUUUUAAAGAAAAAAGAAAAUAAUAGUUGUUAACAACUUUAGGUCCUAAUUCAAAGAGAAUAGAAGAUAGCUAUACCCAUUACCGAAUUUAACUAACCAACUCUAACUUCCUUGGUACCCUUUCGAUAUUAGCACCAGAAGCAAACAGAAUGGUCAGAUUUUUGAGCUCAUAGAUUUGCAGAAUACAAGAAUCAAAUAGAAAACACACGUUGUAAGGAUAAUAUAGAAUAGAAGUGCAUUCGAAGCCGAGGGGCGUUCGUACGUCCCUGGUUCCAUGUCCGAAAGAGCAUGUUUCCGCCUGAUCGGUCACAUACAUUUUCGUUAAAACGCGUGUUCCAUUCGUUUCAUUAAUUUUAAUGCCCGCUGCGCAUUCUGUUCAUUUCUGCGCAACAUAUGAAUAUGGGAUUCGCCUGUGUCCCUCUCUCCUCCCUUUUGCUGUGCACGAGCGAAUAGCAGAGCGUACACGCGCGAAAUUCGCGGUGGGGCACGCAUAUACACUGGCACGCAUACAGAGAAAAACAUAGGAAUACACAUAUAGAAGGUGGGUGUGGGGCUACGUACGAGAGAGCAACGAGCUCGCUCAUGCGAACACGGCUUCGGGUUGGUUGAUAUUAAUUAAUAAUCAGAAACAGAUGCGGCCUCGGCCCGCUUGGUUUCGAGCGAGGCGGCUUCGAAACGAUAAUUAUUUAAGUCUCUCCUCGCCUCCCUUCUUGCCAUCCCUCGCUUACUCCACCCACGCUUCUGCCUUCUUCCUCUUCCGUUCCUCAUCCUCUCGGGAAGUUCCUCCAGCUCGAGCGGCUUCUCCAGCGUGCCCAGUGCGGCGUGCUAAUUAAAGAGCAUUCGCCUACGAAUUUUACGCGGCUCUCGCUUCAUUAUGCACGCCCCGUUACCACCGGCACCCUUUUCCACAGCCUGUAACCCCGCAGGAAUACCCCGGAGACCUUGUGCUACAUUUUAUGUACUCGCGAUCGCUUCUGUCGCGAUCAAUCGCGAAACGAACCGCGAUUAUUCUUUUAAUUGAAAAAUUAACCAACUCGUUCGCGUUUCGGGUUCGAUUAACCAGCGAAGAGAAACAUUCGUCUCGCGAGAUUCGUUCGGCGACGAAUUAGCUGGAUGUAGGGUAGAACGAUAAGUCGAGGUAAUUGAAUUGCAUCGGUGGUACUAGGUAAAAUGAUAAGAAAUCAAAGAAAUUGAGAAUUAAGGGAGCUAAAUUUCUUUUACGAUUAUUCAAGUUCGUGGCAAGUUUAACAAGUGUCCGAAGAUGUUUCACCGAUGUCGUACAUAUUUCUCAGCAAGCGAUUCGCGAGCAACAAAUUCGCGCAAAGGUUACCGACAGAAGUAGAAAGAUCGCCGGAAGUUUUUCGCGAGAACGCGAGAAGGAAAAUAAGGAGUGAAUCGGGGCCAAAAGAGGGCGAAGGAAGAGGAAGGAGCAGGGUGGCGUUCAGCCAGCUACGCUCCCAGUGUCUGCCUUAAUAUCCGCCACUAACAUUAUUUCAUAAAAGUAUUACUAUAAAUCCAAACUCGCGUUAUUUAAGCACCGUGCCUCCUGCAAGGGCUUCCACCGUCACCAACCACCGACCACACCACUAUACCACCCACGUUCACCCUCUCGCUGGCUUCUUCUUACGCCUUACAUUAUACCGAGCGAAGGCAACUUUUGCCACCCCCUUUUCCCUCCGUCACAUUAGAGAUAUAUUAUGCAGAUAGUGGAGGCGCCAACCGGGGAGAAACGCGAAAGGAACUGCGGAAAUUUAAAACUUUAUUUACCCUACGUUGAACGAUUUCACUCUUUUCUCCUCUUUUCAUCGGUUCCUUCAUUGUUUCUUUUUCUUAUUCUAACAAAUGUGUACAUGUAUUCCUAUUUUAAACCUUUAUUCGAAGACCACAGAAGAUCUGUAGCUUUAAAAAAAAUAAUAGUCGUUGAAUAGCUGUUAUUAACAAUAAGUAAGGGUUGUAAUUGGAGCAAAGCUCCGCUGUUAAACGACUGAUCGGGAUUUUUGUGUUGAUCAGUUUGUCGGAUGGCGGGCUAGUUACAGAUCUGAUGAAAAGUAAUGUAUCUCCUUGUAGUUUGCUCAAAGUAAGGGUUGUUAUUUUUUCUUCUCUGGAAAAGAGUAUCAAGAGACGUUUUAAGGUUUUCUAUGUCGGUGUCCUUGCUCAUUAAUUUUUCACGCUCGUCCCAGUCUCGUAGCGUACACGCGUUAGGACUUGUUCGGACCUUGAGCGGGCAACCGGGCGAACUCGCGCGAACGAGAAUCGCUCGCUCGCUCGCACUAGCAACCCCAUAAAUAUUGUAGCGACGCGAGCCGCGGGAGGGUUUUCUGACUCGUUGGCGCUAAUAUGUACCGGCUCUCCUGCUGCUUCUCAAGCUCCAAGGGCUUUUUUCGCGUCUGAAAACUGCGCGAAUUAUUCGGCCUGAGGGUGUGCAAAACGAAUUAAACGAAACCUUUGUACGCCGCUUUGACACCUUCUUUUUUCACGCGCAACAACCUUGCUUGUUCGAAACUUUCGAACAGUUUCACUUUGAACGAGUGCCGUUGUGCUUUCUUGUCGACAAGCAAAUUAAAUAUUUAAUCAAUGAAUUAGGAAGUUUUUUAAACGGUACUCAACACAGGAACUUUCUAUGUUCCCGUUUACAUUUCUUUUUUUUUUUUCAUUAUUAUCCUAAUUAUCGUAAGAUCGAAGCAUAUUACUUUUCCUCGGGAUUUCGCGUGACAUUAAAAUAUAUGGUGGUUCAUUCUUUUCAAGAUAUUUCACGUUGAAAUGUUGUUGGCGAGUAUAUUCUGAAUGUUGCCGGUUCCGUUUCCCCAUACCCCUAUGUGUUCGCCUUCUGACCACCUGCGAAAGUUCAGAUUUACCGGAAUCCUAGUGACCGCUAACUUCUUUCCCUCUGUGAUAUUUCAAUUCCAUUGUCCCCUUUCUGUGUUUCGACGCAAGUUCUGCCGAGAAAAUUCGUAGUACUCUGUCCGAUAAAAGGUUCCAAGGGAAUUGGACUUAGAGGAAUGAAAUUUACCUGCCACGGUAUUUCUUAUGUUUUUGAGUUUAGUGGCUGUAAAAUUGGGAAAGUAGAAAUAUUUAUUCUUGAAUUUGAAGCGAAGUCCGAACGACAGAAAAAGAGGAAAUAAAUUAGAUUCUCCGGUUUAACGAUUUCGAGGGAAACAAAGUCCCCCGUGUGUUCGAAAGAAACAGAAUUAUAACGAAGCAGUUAACACGAGGUCCUUUGUUCUUGACCGUUCGUUGUGUCCAACGAAAGGAUUGCAGAAUUACCGGAGGCAGGUUCAUUUCUGGAUGAAGGAUCGACAGAAAGCCCUCCUCGAGGUUUAAACGUUUCUUCCUUGGUCUCUUCGUGUGCAAUCGAUUCUUCCGCCAUAUCGCACGGACCACUUCAAGGGGCAAGAAGGCACGCGUGAACUUUGUAGUAGCAAUUGGUUAGGGAAAAAAAUGGGUGCGUUGUCGCCACGCGUGUUGCAAGUGAAACUUGUCAAUAAAAACAGAGGAAAAGAAUAUGGGCGCGCAGAGGGAAUAAUUUCCAAGUACCGUGCGUAAAAAUUUCUAAGUCCACAACUUUUUAGUCUAGAGACACAGAAAAAUUUUGAAUUCUUAGACCGUAUCACAGAUUAAACGAAAUAUAAUUGCAACGUAACCCCGUUGUGUCCCGAAAUCGUUAUGUCACGGGUUUUUUUUUCGAGCAAUCGGCAAGAAAGUAGGUAGCCAUUAUGUCGAAUUAGUAUUGUGAUUGUGUAACCGACGCGAUGUGACUCCAUUAUAAAGUGUACUCGCGCGUGUCGCAUUAUGUCAACGAAAUACUAUUCAAUAUGAUCGUCGGCUCCCUUUCCCUCUCUUUCGUUCCCGACAUUUGGCGUUCAUUGACAUUGAAUCAACGAUCAUACAUCAGUGAUGAAAAAGAAAAGAAGCUGAAUCCAGCAGAAUUUCCUUCGAAAUCCUGUAAAACCUCCGCAAACAGCCGGAAACGAAAAUUCUUCGAAUUUACGAUAGAAGAGUUCACACAGGAAAGUAAUCAAAACUUUCCAGGAUGCUGUGGAAGGGAAGUAGAUGCAAGUUGAUGAAGAUUUUCUUUCUUUUUAUCGCAUAUUCAUUUUGAAAAUGUUUUUCAGGAUACUGGUGGAAGAGGAGCGCGAAAAGAAAACGGAAAUGCCGAUAUUUCCGGUGACUCUCUACACCAUCGUCGUCAUACAAUUUAUUGGUAAACUUUGCUAGCUUGUUAGAGGGUUACGUGCGCUGGGAUAAGAAAUAUCCAGAGUGGUAUUCAGCUCCAGCAGGGCCUACAUCGGCCUCCCUCUUCCUCUGUUACCCCGCUUACAUUCGCUAUGUUCGUGUUACCGACAUUCUUUGUCGCUUGUGUGUGCACCAGCGCCGCAGACAGUACCUGGAGCAGCUAGCUAGCAGCAUCAGCAGCAACGGCAGAAGCAGCAGCCCCCUUGGCUGUAGGGUUAGAAUACCAGAGUUGCCUCCAUCGGGCAACUGGUCUGCACCACUGGCUUCGACGCUCUGCCAACCACUACCAGCCUCUGUCAUCCUCUUCCUCUCCCUCUCCCUCUCCAUCUUUCUCUCUUUCUCUUUUCUCACGCUAACCUAACCUUCUUCUCAUAGACUCUGCCAAGAAUAUGAAUAUCCCGCGGUUCAUCUACGGACACUAGGAUUUACCGCGACUUUCGCCUCUCAAACGAGUACAAUGAAAGGUGACGAUCUUGGAGAACGCAGUUAGGAUAAUUCUUCAAGUUAUUUCUGAUCCUUCGAAUGGAUUAGGGUGGUUGUGGAUGGUGGGGAUGUAUUUGCUUUUAAGCCUGGUAGUAGACACUAAUUGGUUAGGUGCUAUUUAGCAAUUUUAUUUUAUUUUAUUUAACUCCUUGAUUUUUAUGACUUUAUGUUAUGGAUAGUUAAUUUUGCCUAAAUCGUUUAAUAGGUUGUUGCAUUAGCAGCUGCAAUGCGGCAGUAUUUCGCGAGAGAAACGAGGUAUAUCUUUGUGUACAACAGUUGUAAGGACAUACAUAUAGGGUGUUAAUGGAAUUGUCACCAAUUCGGUGAACAUUUUUACGACAUAGUUAAAACAUUUUUGUUAGACUUAAAGUUUGAAAGGGCACAUCCAGAUUUUGAAAUUUUUACAUAUUCUUUCAAGUACGAUAUUCCAAAAACGUCUGUUGAAAUUUUCAAGUUGAUUUGACAAAAAUCGAAGAUGACACGCAUACAGUAAGAAAGGUUCCCUCGGGACAUAUUCUUGAAACUUCUGCCAGGAAUAUCUUGAAAAUUUUUACAUUUAUUGUACACAUGAAAAUCCAGUCGAAAAAAUCAGUGGUUUUCAGUGCAAUAUUUCCAAAGUAAAAAAGAAAAGAUAGAAAAUUACAAGAGCCAUUGAUUCCAUAAAAUAUGCAACCGACAAAACGUUACAGAGAGACACCCUGUAGAGAGAUAUACAUAUAUACAGUGAAAGGGGUGGAAUCUGUAUGUGUACGUGUAUAUAACGAAGGAGGGAAAGGGACAGGAGAGAAACGGUGCUGGGGACAACAAUCAUAACAAUCUAGUUAAACGUUAUAAGGAUAUCUGGCGCUAAGAGGCGUGCCAAGCGUUGCAUAAAAUCAAAUUGUACGCCGAGCCGAGAAGUUAUUGUCGUUUCUCAUCCUCCGCUCAGUUUUCGUCGCCGAAAAUUCCGCCAAGGAUCUUCUGCUUCUUGGAGUUUCCUUCUUCUCCUGCCCCCAUUCCGUUUUCUAUUUCUUCCUCCUCGACAUCCUUAUGGGUACCAUCAGUUUUUCUUCUUUUUCAAUUUCCUGUAUAAUUCAAACUCUACGUUUUUAGAACUUUCAUCCUCCUAUAAUUAACCCUUCCGUAGGAGACGACUACGAACGUCGUUUUCGUAAAUUUCUGACCACCUAUUCGGUGUCGUUGUGAAAGGGUUAACAAUGUUUUCUGAACAACAGACACGUAAGACGUUGAAUUGAAUCGAACAGCAUCCUCGGCAAUGGCUUCGUCGAGGCGAACAACGCGAGUUCAUAAUGAGACUUUCUAUUCCGUCAACGAUAUCGGAUAAUUGCGUCCCCACUGUCGAUCCUCGAAAUAGGGUAAUGGAGAACUCACGAAAUCGGCUUGAGGGGUUAAAUUGAAAUUGAAAUCGCUCGAAAUUACUUGCAGUCUCGAGGACUAUCGAGAGAAGGUUGAUACCCUCCUGCUCGCGGAAUCGAAUAUUACUCUCGACGCUCGAAACAAUCCGUUUUGUUGCAACCACUUCUACAUGAUCGAUCAACCAUUAAAUAGGAACACGAUAUACUUUUUACUUAUGUUAUUUUAAUUUCUUAAAUUUUCGAUCAGUUUUUAUCAGUACCCAAGGUAGCUGAGGGUUAACUCAUAAAGUAAGAAUGAUGAGUUAAUUCGUCGUUAAAGUCGCAAUUUAAUAUUUCUCUAAUUUCAUUUUUUAUAAUAAUUGCAUCGUCGAUAAAUUUCUUCCAUAAUUCUCGUUACAUUUCUGAUAAAGAAAUCAUUUUCUUUCGCUCGAAAAUUGUCGGAAUUCCCACAGUUUCGUGUACGAUAACUCGCCUCGUUGAAAAGAAAAAAAAGAAGUUGAUGUAUCGACGGAGAGGAACAGGAAGGGCGACGUCUUCGUUAAGGGAUGCCCGUAGGGCAGAGUUAAAACGUCGUGGAAUCAAAGGAUCGAUUAGAAUCGAGCCUCGCCGCGGGAUUUCUUGCGUAAUUCGAAAGGAACUGGUGGUUCUUGUCGCUCACCCUCGUUCCUGGAUAGAAAAAAAAAGAGAAAUAAGGAGAGAGACGCGUGUGAAGAAUAAAGGGCGAACAGGAGAGGUGAACAAAGUCACCCUCUUUGUUACCAGGACUUCUUGCAUCCCCGAUUUCCAACGACGUCCAUCCUCCCUUUUCUGCGGAAAUUCAAUAUUUUGGCUAUCGAGUUUCGAGCAAAAGGGAAGAAGAAUCUCUUCCCUCCCAUUUUCUACCCUUCUCAAUUUUCUUUCUUUUUAAACGAAAUCGUCGGGGUGGUUUUUAAAUUGCUCGCAAUGACUUAUGAAAGCUCUUCGCGUGCCUUUUGGAGGAAUAUCGAGAAAUAAGUGAAAAUAAUUAUUUUAGUUGGUUUUAUAUUGGAAAAUUUUGUAUUGCAAUCUAUCAAAAUUUUCGCAGUAAGAAGGAAGGUUCUCACGGCAUCGACGAAACGAAGAUCAACGAAGGAUCGAUCUUGGAAUCGAGAUUAAUAAGAGUCGAAGGAGUGACGGUCCCACGGCAGGACGGAGGCAAACACGAAGAAAAGACUCGCCUGCUGAGACGAACACCGAGAUGGGCGUGGCGGGAAAACAUGCAGUCACAAUGUUGGUCCAACUACACGACAAUUAUCGCCGGUGGGCUUUAUAAUUAAAAGGACUCCGGAGUCCCAGCGACCCCUUUCUCGCCCCCCAUUCACUCGCGUAUCUAGCAUCUUUAUGGUGUCCCACAGAGAAGAUCCGGUCUUCGAUUAACGAUCGACGAGCAGACCGAAGUUGACUUUGUUUCUUUUUCAAUCGUGAAACUUCCGAGAGAUGUCUGGUUACUGUAACUAGCUUGUUUCCUUUAUGUCGUGCUGCGACAUUGUCACGGUGCCCUCGUAUUGUCACGCGUGGUUUUUUCAGAACUGUUGUAUGGGAAUUUCAAAAAUCCUCUACUGGAUCGAGUUGUAAAUUUAAUAUACAUAGAAUCAGUUCAAAAUUUGACGAAAAAUCUAACUUUGAAGUGUCUGAAAACGUCACCUGUCUCUCAUAGAUGAAACACCAUCGUAGGACAAAAUCGUUAAUCUUAUAGAAUAUCUUUGAAAAAACAGCUUUGUGGAGUGUACCUUUAUUAAGAACUACAAAGGUGACAAGGGUGCGAAGAGGGGUGAAUUUUUCGAGGAUUGAUUUUCAGUAAAGUUAGUUGGGUAUGGUGGACAACGGGUGUCGGUAGAACGACGCGAAAUAAGGGCAUCGGAAGGCUAGGGAAACGUGAAAAUCUGCGGUACUUCCGGAACGCAGCGGGGCCACUCGACACAGACCAUUGAAAGCUGACCAAACGCCACAAUGUAAUUCGGUCCAGGGUCAUCGUAUAACGUGCUAACGUGCGCUAAUGCGCCCUUAACGAAUCCCUUAAUCCAAUUUCGUGCAAAGUAACGAAAUUAUGUGGCAGCGAACCGGAAGUUGUGGCCCGCUCACGGGAUAUACUUCCUCCUCUCGUUUGCUUCGAGUGUCUCCCAUUCACGUCAGGUAAUCGAGUUAACACUCUCCUCUCCAUUCCGUCUUUUUCUUUUCCCCUUUCAUUCUGUAGUUUGUAUAUUUGUUUGCGAUAGUGAUAUAUUUAGAUAUAAUUCAAUUCAGUGAUGAAUAGUUGUUUAAAUAUUAAUUUUUCAUACAAUUACAUUUAAUUUAAUUUGUCGCUAAUACAGUAGAUUACAUUAAAUUCUUAUAUAAAAAAGGUAAAUAAUUUAAAAGCUAUAGUCAUUUACCAGAAACACCCUCGGUAGUCAGUUCUCUGAUCAAAUGAUUGGUCCAAUAAUGGAAAGAAUCAAAAUUAUCUACAUCAUAUUGAGAUAUGAAACUGUACAACAGCUUCUGCCAUCACAGAUCUGUUUAACAGUCAUGGGGUUCGACCAUAUGUACCCUAGGAUGGCACCAAGGAGGAUUAUCAUCAGGGAGAUCCGUUAUCUCGGUGGCACGCGCGUUCCUACAUGGAACCUCUUGCCUCUUCCCAUCGUUCUGUCUCUCUUCCUUUAUGGUCCGCUCUCGUGAUAAUAGAGAUGUCAUUCUGUCUCCGCUUUGACAACCCCAUAACACGGACGUUCACGCAGCUCGUCUGAAACGUAGCACCGUGUUCCCCGGGGAUCCUCGAAAACUGUCGCUGCGUGCCACACUUUCGCGCCACUCCCUUUCACUCUUUCCUCUUAACCAGACGUACAGAUUUUCAUCGUAUAAUUAGUCUCUUGAAUUAUUCUGGGACUUCGAUGUCUUUUCAACCAAGUUGAACUUGGAAGGUGCAUUACAAUAGGCGUAUUACAAACUUAGAAGCAGAUGGAUAUUUCUCUUGAAUCCCUUUGACUUCUGAUUAGUAGAAAUUUGGAAAUUUUGUUAAAAAUGAAACGCUUAUUUAUUCCAAAGGAUCUCAUUUCUGAUACAAUCUAAAAUCAGUAGGUUGUAGUGCGAUUAUAACGUAGGGUCAUUUGUGAGAGUUAACGCGAUGAUCGGAAUGACCGACACGCGCAGCCAAGUAUUUAAGAUGGCGGGAUAAGCGGGUCACGUGCCGGCAGGAUCUAUGGGAUAUUUAUUGAGAGCUCCCUUUCCGUCGCCUCGACGAUGUAUUGCUUUUUAAAGGACUUUAAAAGCUGCCUUAUCGAAUCCUCCACAUUCGACCAUCAAUCGUCACACGAUCCCAGCAGCGAUGCUUACAUUUUGUACAGAAGAAUUUUCAAAGUUAAGACAAUUUUAAUUUGAUUUUAAUUUUAUUUCAUUGAUUCAACAAUAUUAAAUCUAAUUCAUAAUUCCAUUUUCAGGUCAAUUAAUAGGAUACCGUGUUCUACUAUCGAAGCCGAACAGUCGUUAAUGGUGAGACGGCAGAAAUUUCGUAAAGUUUACGUGCAAACGCGACAACUAUACCCAUAACCCAUCUACUAAUACACAUGUAUAUGGAAGCGACGAUAUUACAAAAUUAUCGGCACGUGAAUGUUAUCGGUGCUGGGCCUGCAGAACGGAGUACGUAGAUACACGAAGCGAUACCGUGGGCUAGUACGCGUACAAUGGAGUCGAUCGGGCAGGGCCCCUACGUGAAAUGCAAGUUCCCCAUAGAAUAGAUUUCCCUCGUGCAGGUCUCCGGUGUCCGAGAUAAUGCGAUAACCAGGUUUACUACCGCCACCGUGCGUGGUCGAUCGAUGCCGCUGCUGCCCGGUCUGGAAAUAAAUCGUCAGACUGGCAAAAAUUUUCGAUCCAAUCACACGAGAGGGAACAGUUCCAUUCUAUAAUAUGGUAUUUCAAUGGAACAUUAUCGUUCAUUCAUUUUGAAAUUAUUAAAAAAUUUCUCUCUGCCGGAAUAUCCCUAUAGAAGACGUCUUCAAAAUAUUUUUCUAAUAUUAUUCUACAUAUUUCAGGGUUUAUUAUGGAAGAUCGUCAAAACAGACCAGUUCGACUCGCCACGUUGAAAACAAAAAUAUUUGUCAUAGAUCGUUCGGGUGCCAGUCUGAUCCAGGAUGGGCACAUCUGUUUUGCUUUCAAUAAUGUAAGAAAUAUGUGUCGUAGACCGUGAUAUUUUUCUUUUUCUGCUAGACUGCGUAAAAAAUAAAUCUUUCUUAACCCUAGGAGGCGGACCCUGAAGAGAGCCCCAUUUUAAUUUAAUUUUGGUGAAUAUCUCGGGAGUUUGCUGCAUUGUCGCGGAAGAAUAAGGAGGGAGGCGCUGCGGCUGCGAGGGGUGCCAGUUAUUUUUCCUCCCCUCUAGCCGGUCCUUCCUGUGAAGAUUUCAAAUUACAGGCUCCAGAAACGGCGCCCCCGUUGAGGUUCGACCCCCAUGGGGGGCAUCACGAAAACUUGUGCAAGACACCCUGCCUCGACCUCCUCAUGGUGUACCGAUUUCUUUCUUUCUUUCUUUUUUUCUUUUUUUUGUACCACGCUUUUCUCUCGCCAUAUCUUCCACUCCACUUGCCGAUAUUAUCGACAUGACCACCCGAUCGUGGGUAUGCGCUCUGCAUACGUUUCUUAAGAACGAUUCAGUCCGGUAACGAGCUGGUUCGAUGCGACUGCAAUCUUCUCUUUUGUUAAAAGCCCUUCCGAGCAGACUCUUUGGGAAGAUUCGUUAUUAACUCUGGGGAAAUUUAUUUUUACAAAAGUCAAGGGUGGUAUCAUGAUCAUAAUUCACAAUAUUUUAAAUUAGAAAUCAGAUUUUAAGAAAGAAUAUAAAUACCAUCCUCCCUCUUAAUAAAAAAAAGAGAAGAUCGUCAAGUUGCAAGGUUGUUAUUUUUUAAAUCUGACGGAAAGAACGCGUGAAAGAAAAGUGGCAAUCGAAAGGGUUGCAGAGGAAGGAUGGCUAGAGUCGAAUCGUGGGGGUAGAAUCGUUAAAGAGGGUGUUUAAAGAGAAGGAAUGUUCUUUAUGCGUAAACUAUGCAGACAGGCGAGUUGGUAGUAAUGCAGAAAGACGAGGAGAAGUAUUAUUAACCGGGCAAGGAGCUGCAAUAACACGCGACACAUCGGCUCGGGGACCAAGAGGAGACGACUGCGACGAGCAGUCGAGUGAAAAUCACAGCAGGGGACCAGACACGCGUGUCCCUUUGACGACCAUCUCGUUCAGAGGGAUGAUCCUUUCAUCUUCGCCGACAACAUCUUCAGGUCUGUCCUGAUGGUCCGCGUCGCGGAUAUUCUCGUGUCUGUAUACUUCCAUCAGCCGAAAAGAAAAAGGUAUGUUUCUACUUUGGAUAUGCUGGUCAGUCUCCUCUAGAAACGAUUACUUUAAUUAAUUAUAAUUCAUUUUUAACAUAGGCGAUUUUAAUUUUAACUUUCAAUUUUUUAAAUAAUCUUGUUAAGUCUCGUGAGUUUAUAAUCCCAAAUUGUUAUGAAAUCAUUUUUUAACUGAAUCAAAUGAGGAUUUUCGAAGGAACAACAAAUUCGACGAGGAUAAAUCUAUCCGCGCGAAUGGAAAACACUCCGAGAAGAUUGCGCGAGUAAAUUUUAACAGAGAAUAGAGCAUUUAUAGGAUUACAGAGGAGCGUUAAUCCUAUUUGCAAUUGUUUUUUCGCCAGCAGAUGGCGCGCGAGUGAGUGGCGUUCGCGGCGCGUAGAAAUUAAUUCCAUAGAAACGGAGGAAGGGAGGCGAAAGCUGGCCGUUUGAUUUUUUCCUUUCCCCCCCCUGGUUGAAAAUGAGGAAAAGAGAGAAAAAGCAGCGGGUAUACGGUAGGUUUGCGUGUGCGUGAGGCGUUUUUAACGCGUGUUACCCGGCGGAACCGCAAUCCGCUUUUGCGGUGGGCGCCGCUGUCGCCCGUAGCCCACUGGUCACGAGUUUCCGGUAACGCGCUUUGGCGCAAACUGCGGGCCACGGCUGAUUUCGAAAUUGCUAAACAUUUUCACACUCUUAUGGUUUCAACGCCAUCGCGAUCCCUUUGUUUCUCUGCCUCUCUGUUCCCCUCCCUCUCCACCACCGCCUCCUCGUCCACCUCUUUUUUUUUCCAUUUCGUUUCGUCUUGUUUCCCUCGUAAUUCCCGCGCGUUUUGACGUUUUCUCUGUCAAAGCCUCCGGCAGACAAAACGAGAAAGGAGUAACGGAGAAAAGUCGCGGUUUAAUCUGAUUUUACUUUGGUCUGAAAAUACUGUAACCAACAAACGAUACACGCAGAGCGAUAGACAUCAGAAAGAUACAUUGAAAAUACAAGUUUUUGACGCAGGAAUUAUUUUAUCCGUUAUACCUGGUUUACUGAAAAUAUACAUGGGAAUUUUUCUUCAUUUUCUGUGAUUCUUGAAAUUUCGAAAUUUCAAGAAUUUUAAACUUUUCAAUAGAUAUUAAUCAUUGUAAUCAGAGGUUUAUGAGAAUUCAAAGUUUCCAGGAUGAUUAGGAAAGGGGGUUAAAGUUAAAUUCCGUGACGGUGGUAUCGAUAACCAUCAGUACGCCGAUUUGCUGUUUAAUUGCGAAGCGUUUAACCAAAUUCGGCCGGCGGCGAUGAGAAGCGAAGCAUUCGAGGGUCGUGUCAUUAAAUUAUUCCGGAACGUGAGCCCAACGGGUGUCCUCGAUCAGUUUCUCCGUGUAAUUCGACAGAAGAAUAACUUGGAACAUCUGACUUGCCUGUCGAUUCUUCCUUCCACUCCUUGCUGUUCAAUUCACAUUCAAACCGAUGAUCCUUUGACAAAUUUUGAUAAACAUUUUUCUACCAUUUCUAUCUUUGAAUUGCACAUCUAUAUUUGAAAGCAUAGUUAUUAAUAAUUUCUUAAUUGUUUCAUGACACAAUUCUGAAAUAGAAAAAAUAUAUGUAAAAUAGAUAUCGAUUCGUUUAUUGGAAAAACAGUCCAGAUGUAUCAGGUAGAUGUUACAAGAUCAUUUUUUCUGAGCGAUCGGCUCUCCGGGCUAAAAUCGACCCGGUUUUCACGCACGUGGCACGUGCAAAAUGUUCAAGUACCCUCCAGGACAUCGAAAUUGACCAGAAGCACGCGAUUCGAGUCAGUGACUCCGAAAAACGAUCCUUCAGUGGCGAACGAACGUGUCGGCAAACAGAAUCGCUCGGUGGAACGGCAUCGAGCCCCAGGGUUGGUUCGUUGCCUCUCUGUUCGUGGCCGAUGAACACGUCGUCCCUGGAGGCUUGUUGCACGGCAAAAACGUCAGUAGCAAGAACUUGCCGCGAUUUUUUUCGAACGUGUUCCCGAAACUGGCCCGUUCCUCUCUGCUCACCGCUUCCGUUUUACUUUCCGUCCCAGCAAAUCGCGAUCCCCGAUAAAUGCAUUUUUUCCCUCCUCUUUCACCCGUCCCGAAACGGGGGCAUCCGAUCAGUAACAUGACUUUUGACCAAACGUUUUCUAUUUUUUACCUCGAUUCCUUUGAACGAUGUUCAACACUUUAAUUAUUCGUUUACGUUAACGAAUAAUUAUCCCUUUUGGGGCGGUAAAUGCAUAAAGUAAUUUUCUCUCGUGUACGAAAAGCUCUUUGUCAAGUAAUUAUAAUUUUGGUACGAUUCAUUUAUGUCAUGAAACGGUACCGGACAAAAUGGUCGGUUGACCCGCAACAAGCUAGUAGAAAUUCGAAUAAUCCGACUUCGUUCGAUCUGUUAAACGUUUCUGGUACCAUUUUCGGAUUCCCCGCUCGUCCUCCAUCGGGCUGACGUUUACCAACAGUGGUAAUUACGGUAUUUAUUGGUCUGUGGUGCGAUUCUAAGCGGCGAGUGAACUGGAAAUCCGACCACGUGCUUCUAGCGAAUCCAUUUUACGGGGCUCGUUUAUCGUCGAUCUGUCCAGAAAAAAAGAAAGAAAGAAACGCGACGGACAAGGUGAAAAGCGAACGAAAGGAGGGACCAAGGGGAAGGUGAAUUCGUACCAUUUGGUCCGGAUUCGAGGUCGGUUAACGCAGCAGGGUUACCGCGGACGCCUCGGCGGACACAUUGAGGGCGCCCGCUCGACUUGAUAAUCGCGCGCCAUUCAUAUACUUUUCAUUGGAUUGCGAUUGAGCAUUAAGAAACCAGAGGGCCACGUUUGCCACCGAAAGGACCGCGUAUUAGCAUUAGGAGGCAUCAUCUCGAGUGUAAACACUGCAUGGGCACCGCGGAUUUAGUCACAGUCUAGCACCGCGGGACGUCACAGGGUGUACCGGGAACCGGUACCGCCGCAACGGGGAUGAUUAUACGUGACAGAAAAAGAGUAAAUCAAAAUUAUUCAACAAAUUUUUUCAAGAGAAAAGAGAAAAUUUUUGAAAAUGAAAAUAAUACAGUACAAAAUUCAAUUAAACUUGGGACUCUCUCCAUGGUCCGUCCUACUGUUCAACGUGUUUAAUCGUGGAAAAAUUAAUGCAUUGAAUACGGUAUGUCUGAAAAGUCAAUAUUUGUUUGACUGGAAGACACGCCAGCAGCAGGAUAGGAUAAGGUAUUUUCGAAAAAGAAGAUCCAAGCAGCCAGGCAGUAAAAAGAAAGCGGUUUGUCGUCGGUCUUAACCACGAUUCACGGUUAAAGCUCACGCCGAUGAUCCCUUUUAUCCAAUCCGUGAGGAGCCGCGAGGCGUUAAAUCCCUCGGGAAAAUCUCCUGAACUGAACUCGCGUUCCUGCUAAGUCGGUCAGCUCGGUCCAGCCGACCGAGAGGAUCACAAUACCGCUACCGAACAGGGAAUACCAACCUUAUUCUCUCUUUCUCUCUUCGAUCUAGGUGUAUCCUAGAGGUUAGCUGGAAAAUUAGUUGCGCGAGAAAUUCAUGUUAAUCUCGAGUAAUCGGCUGCGGUCGGCCGUAAGAAAAUGGCUGACGCGAUCCAUCGUUUGGAAAAAGGUUCUGUCAUGCUUCCAUUUAACCUACCGAUCACAUUGUCUUCUCUUCGAAGAUUAUUUUCUUUCGCUGAAAAUAUCACGUUGCUGCUGACGAGGGGAUGAUUUAUUCGACAAAAAAAAAAAUAACAGCUGUCGCAAAUUGUUUAGAAUUAUGUAUCGUAGUUGGUCGCAGUUUACAUUGGAAAUUCUUAUUUCACAAAAUCGAAGAGUCUCGAUUUCAUAAAAUUGUUUUUCUUGUUUCAUUUAUUUCAAGCAACGUUAACCUGUUAAUGAUGCAAGUUCCAUAGACGCAAACUGCACUGUAACGUGUCAAUCAUAAUUUUAAUUAAUGAAUACGUUAUAUCUGUACGACGGUAAUGAUAAAAGGGAACGUCAGUCAUUGACACGUUAAUUAUUCAUUUGAUCAUCAGUCUUGUUACGUUCAUAGGGCGAACUGCUGAAAAAUUUAUAAAAAUUCAUAGUAAUUUAUAUUUUUCAUUUUCGUUUAGUUUGAAAAAGAAGUUCCUUUUUCUGUGAUAUUUUCAACAUAAACGUAAAGUAAAAUGAAAAUUUGAUCGGUUGCAACGGAUUGAAUCCUCUUCUCUCUCCCUUGACCAGCGAACUUUGAGAGAUCGAUCAGUCGAUUCGAUUGCAGUCCAUCACCAACUCAGAUAUUACCAAAGUUCCGGAAUCUACUUUCAGAAAAUUUAGUACAGAUAGCCCAGUUUCUCUUGCGUAACUCGCUUUAACAAAACCCUUGGCGCCACCAUUCAUCCCUUUAAUAAAGGAUCCUUGAAUAACUCGUUGAAUUUAGCUUUUGCAAAACCGAAGAGGUCGACUGAACUUUCUUUCAAUUUUAAUGGUAAAAUAGGCCUCCCUAUAGCUCUUGUCGAAUAGAAAAUUCAUUUUGGUACUUCUUCUUUGCCUAGACGAUUAAUUUCUAUUUUAAAGAAUAAUUUGUAUUCAAUUUACAUUUAAAGUGUGAUGGAUUAAAUCACGCGUGUAAGGGUGAAAACGAGAGCAAUUUCUUUGCACCUGUUUGCGUCGAGUGAAGUGAUUAAGAGAGGAUUAGAGACGGAGAAUUGGACGAGCACGUGCGUCUCUUUUGCGGUGUAAAUAACGAGUUAGCAACAGGGUGUCCCGAAGGUUUUUUCCUUUUUAAUUGGUACGAACGUUGGACAUCCCUUCGGCAAAAUUGCAGGGAUUAGCCGUACCUUCGAAUGCACGUGCACUCAAAUCUUCCCUAAUUACACUGGCUUGGUCUUUUCAAUUAGAAGCCCUCCUCCGACACGAUUAUUCCAAAAAGAAAGAAUAAAAUAUUCUGUAAACGUGUGACAAGUUUGUCAGCUUAUUCAUUUUCAACGACAACGUUCAUUAUAACUGCGAGCAAUUUUUUAUUAUUUUUCCACACAAGACGCGACUAGUGAACCGUACACGGAAAAUGAAUGGCAGCGAGGAUAAGCGAAGGAUAUUAACCGAGUUUAGAAGGAUAUAGAGGGCAUUGCGUGGUAAGGAAAAGGGGUUUACUCGUGCCUUUCUUCACGGGAUAUUCUCUUCUGUUGCGUACGAGAAGUUGAAGUUAAGGUGAAGAAAGCUUUAGCUCACGUUCACACUGUCGGAAACGGAGAAGCAGCCAGCUCUUAUCUCCGGUUUGCAAGACUGCCUCCGGUAAUACCGUGCGCUCCUGGAAACCCUUCGAACGAGAGCCCCAUGAAAUAUCGCUAAACGGCUUGCCACCCCUCUUCCCGUACAUCGAUCCACCGUCAAAAAUAUUAUUGCCACGCUCUUCGUCGUUAGAAAUCUCAAUAUUUUCGUCUCUCGAUUCAUCGAAAUUUUUAUCACGCCAAUAAUUCCAGGUAAUAAACUGAAGAUUAAUAAGUUUAAACGCGUCAUAAGCUUCCGUAGUAAUUGGAAGAUCGGGAUGGCAACUUUAAAUUUGCCCAUCGUGUUCGGAGGUCUUCCAUGGAGUCCAAGAACACGAAGGACGGUGAGAACGGCUGGAACAACGGCGAGGAAACGAACGAACGCGCUUCAUUAUACACGAGGCUCGCACGCUUCGUUUGGCCCCGGAAGUCGUGCUUUAGGAGGGUCGCGCCGGGGAGGAGGCGAGGGCCAUCGCGACUACCGUGUGCGACCGAGACGGCGUAGGGUGAUAAAGGGAGGAGAAAGAGGGUAAACUGAGAAGUAAAUGGGAAAGCUUGAAUUAAUACAAUCACUGGGGUGGCUCACCGCUCGCAGUCCGUGAGGAUAGAAACGGGCUUGGUACAACCACCCCUUUGCUUGUCAUCGAAAUUAUACGCUGCCGACACUCGACCUCGUUUACCACGUCUCUCUUCCUUGCUUUGCUUUGCUUUACGCCUCUCCCUCUUCUUUCUCUCUGCUGGAUUCCUACGACAAGACAGCGGAUGAGUUUCAAAAUUAGGACCAAGAGAGGAGGAAGAGGGUCAAAUAUGGCGUCGCGUAACGAGCUGUUGUCGUUUCUGUUAUCGAGAAGGGGGCUUGCGUUUCCAGCGACACGAGAGGCCUCGAAAUGUAACGCGAUUAACUCUGAAUCCGCGUCUCGAAUCGCGUUCUGCUCAGCCAAUCUGAAUUAAUGUCCUCCAGAAUUUUCACCGAUUCUUUUAUCAGACCUUUUUUUUUUACACGUUUCUUUAUUCUUUGCUGUUUCUUAGAUACCUUUCUUCUUCAUUUCCUUUUAUGUAUUCGAAUAACUUGGGGAAUUCUUUUUUAAAAUUUCCUUUGCUAAUGUGACGAAUUACUUAGAAUUUUUAUAUUUAACGCUAUGGAGGGUUUUUUUAAAUUUCCAUCGAUUCCAUAUUACAUGAUUUACAUUGGAACGAAUAAUGUUCUAUGUACGAGCAAUCUUCAAUCGCUAUCUUCGAUCGGGCGCUUUUGUUUCGCUUUCCAUCGCGCACCUUUACGGUGCAGAGAGGUGGGUACGCAAUAAAGGCAUCUGGAGGAAAGAUUUUCACCCUUGGAGACUGGAGAACGACGAGCGGAACCAGGUUACGGGGGUUUUUAAUAAAAUCAGGCGAUCGUUGAGGCGUGUCAAAUGGAAAUAUGCACGUUCGGUCGAGGGAUUUUGCGGACGGGAGAGAAGCUUUCCCGUUUGUAAAAUGGGGGUGCGACUCGAUAACGAUGGAAUUCAUCCACCCACGCUCUCGACGAAAGUAGAAGAGGAGCGGGAGGGAAGGGCGGAGAGAGAAGGAGAGCAAGUUGCGAACGACGGGAUGAUGAGAAAAAAUUUUCUCCUUUUUUUUUUUUUUUCAUUUUACCUUUCCUUUAUUCCUUCCAGCCGCCUGGGCGUGUAUCGUAAUCAAGAAGGCGCGAAGUAGAUUAGCGAUUCGAUAUCGUGGAAGAAUUUUUUUUUUUUUUGGCAGACUAAGCUGGCCGAAGAAAAUUUUCCACCAGGCCAAACAAUAUCCUCUCGGUUGAUUUGAGAAAAACGCAAACGGGUUUAUAUAAUUCGGUUGGAAUUAAUCUCGAUCCAUUAUCGACACUCUCUGUCAAAUUGUUUGUAGACGGGUCGCUCAUUUUAUUAAUUAGCGACUGAUACAAAUCACUUGCCUCGACUUUAGACUCGAAAUUGCUGAGACCAGGGGGAAUAUUUAUAUAAUUAUAAAGAGGAACUAUGAUAAGAGAGAUGAAAUAUAGCCGAUGCUAUUGUCGAGAUUUAUCGAGAUCUGGUUUUGGCGAUUUAUGAAAAACAUCAGCAGACGAUGGUGUACAGAAGAAUGUGGAGAAGUCGAUAGACGUGAUAAAUGCGAGGUACACGUUCGACGAGCGAUCGCGUCGAAGUUGCCUCGAACACUUAUGGGACGCCAUUCGUUUUACGAGACUUCUUAUCUGGCCGCUGCCAGCCCAUAAACGCAACUUCGCCACAUACAAGCCAUCCUGACGCAUUUACGCGGCGGAUGUCAACCCCUGUGUAUUUAUCGAGUGCUUCGGCGAGCGUCGGUUUGGUUAUCAACGCUGAAAAAUAUUUCGCGAUAGAAGCAUCCUGGGAAACGAUCAACACUUUCAGCUACUUGGUUAACGUUUGAAUCUCGAACAGAAGGUGUCGGUACUUUAAACGAACUGAUAUACUUUUAUUUCAAGAAAAAUUCUACAGGAAUCGUAAAGGAAUAUUUCGCACUUGGAGGAUGUAAUUUGCAUAUUACUAAUUUUUAUUUCGUGUGCUGAUAGUAUGGAGGUUUUACGCAAGGAUACCACCAGCUAUGCGCCUCCUUUCUUCAGGUCCUGAGAAGUCCGUCGAUUUAUCAGCGACCAACAGGUUAUCAGUGACGAGGCAGCAUUAUGAAUUAAAAGAAAAGGAGGAUCUAGAGGGUGGAUAAGCGGAGGCGAUGCUGCCGCUUAUCCUCGACACGACACUACUGUGCGAGACGUGUCACCAAGGGGUUGCGCGGCCUGGCAAUCGCGCCUGCGCAAACACGCGCCCUCCGAUGAGCCUUCCGCACGGUUGAGCAUUUCCACCAUUCAGAAUCGAUGAUGUCACGAAGCGGAGCCAGCAUCCCCACUGGCCGUGUCGAGGUAGGCUGGUGGUGGCAACGUUACCCUCGCCCAUUGGUCCGGCGUACUCGAGGUACCAACACGAAUCGCAGGGUCGCCAGCACACGACCCAACGAGAGUCCGCAAGUCGUUGCGUGCCAGUCCGUGCGUGUGCUUUUACCUAAUAAUAUUUCCACGGCCAGCGGUGCCCGCUAGUGCCCGCUUCUAUCGUCUAGCCUCCCUUCUUUCUUCCACGCUCUCCUAUCUCUCUCUCUCUUUCUUCUUCUAUUUCUCUCCGCGCACCGGCUCUCUCCGUCGAGAGAGAGAGCCAAGGCAAGCAGAAGAAUCACGCUGCAGAGCAGCACGUGUGCUGCGCUCGUGCGGAUCGUGCGCCGGAGCCACCCCCAUGGUGCGUUUACCUGCGUAUUCGCGCUAAACUUGUUCGACGGGAUUUUAUUCUCAAUCGACGACUCGGUUCGAUCCGUGGCCAGUGUAUGGGACACGUAUUUUUUCCCCUUUUCUUUUUUUACAGAGACUCGUUGACGAUUGUUCGUUAAGUUAUCUUUUCAAUUUCUCGGACUCUGCCGGGGUGUUCUACCACGUGACUACGCGAUUGUUUAACAGUGUCCAAAGGAGAGUGACUGUAGCGACAGACGCUGUUGCCUUCGUUCCGUGAAAAUUGUGAAGAAGUAUCUGCGCCAGUGAUCGCCGGUGGUGCUCGGUCCAGGAAACCGACCGAGGAAACGGCGGCGGCCGACGGCAGCUUUUGUGACCGGAAGUGCCUAAAAGCCCGAAGAUUCUGCCGUCGCAGCAACUGGGCGCUGCGGUCGCUCCAUGGCCGGGCGCCACCGGCCUCCUAGCAUCUGUCACCGCUGACGAUAUGGCACACAAAGGCCACAGCGGAGUGAAUCAGCUCGGGGGUGUGUUCGUCGGCGGUAGACCGCUUCCAGAUUCAACGAGGCAAAAGAUCGUCGAGCUAGCGCAUUCUGGCGCUCGACCAUGCGACAUUUCCAGGAUCCUGCAGGUCAGCAAUGGUUGCGUCUCAAAGAUUCUCGGAAGCAGGUACUAUGAGACCGGUUCUAUAAGACCCAGAGCAAUCGGUGGCAGUAAACCGCGCGUAGCCACAGCGGAAGUUGUGAACAAGAUCUCACUCUACAAAAGCGAGUGUCCUUCCAUUUUUGCGUGGGAGAUCAGGGACCGUUUGCUUCAAGAAGGUGUCUGUACGAACGAUAACAUUCCUAGUGUGUCGUCCAUCAAUAGGGUACUGAGAAAUUUAGCGGCACAGAAGGAGCAACGGCAGCAACAGCAACAACAACAGCAAGGGGUGGCCGGCGUUGGCGUAGGGGUUGGUGCUGGCAGUCCAGCAGAAAGCGUUUACGACAAACUGAGGCUACUGAAUGGCCAGACAACUGGUUGGCCCAGGCCGAAUCCAUGGUAUCCAUCGGGAGCUGGCAGUCCGUUUCCAUCCUUGCAACCUAGUUUAAGCCCGAGUCACUGUACAGCCCUGCCACCGGAUCCUGCGGACAUUCUGCACGCGAAAAAAGUGGCAGAGCUCGAAGGUGGAGCACACUCGGACGAGACGAACAGCGGCGGCGACAACAGCAACGCCGGAAGUGUGUCUGGAGGUACGGACGACGAUCAGGCGCGUCUCCGUUUAAAAAGGAAGCUUCAAAGGAAUCGUACAAGUUUCAGUAACGAACAGAUCGACGCUCUCGAGAAGGAAUUCGAGAGAACCCAUUACCCGGACGUUUUCGCCAGGGAGAGACUGGCCGGGAAGAUCGGUCUACCGGAAGCACGAAUACAGGUCUGGUUUUCGAAUCGGCGAGCGAAGUGGCGGCGCGAAGAGAAAUUGCGCACGCAACGGAGGGACAACCCGCAACACCAGCAGCAACAACAGCAACAACAACAACAACAGCAGCAACAGUCGCAGCAGCAGCAGCAACACACCGGUGGGGUAAGCUUGGUCGGUGCUGGUCAUCCGACUCCACCACCAGCCUCGGGUAUUUUGGCUGGUCAACCACCACCACAAGCACCGCCCUCUCCCCCUAGGAUACAUCAUGGUUUCGCACCCACCGCCGUUUAUCCUGGGAUACCCAGCAUGCCUGACUCGUACAGCCCCAUGACAUCCAUGCCGAGCUUCACAAUGUCCGGUAGCAGCCAACAGAACCAGCACACAACCAGCAGCAUGUCCUCUCUGUCGACCGGAGGUGGAAUGGGUCCUAUGGGUAUGACCGUAGGCAUGACAGUGGGUCCCAGUCCCGGUGCCUGUCUUCAACAACGGGACAACGGUUAUUCCUGCGGUGUUGCUCGUCCUCCGAGUUACGAACCUCUGCAUCUUGGGUACGGGGCACGACCCACCUGCAGCCCCACUCAACCAUACCACGCCGCGGGCCUGAAUCAGUACAAUCAGAACACCAGCUCGACCGGUGAGUGUCUACCGCACUCACUGCACUCGCUGCUUGCACUUUAGCCAAUGGACUACCAUGGAUAACACGCUAUCCAGCCUGCUGGUUUGAUAUCACCGGGUGUCAGCGUUCCAAUCGCUGUACCAGGACAACCAGCACCAGACAUGGCAGCCCAAUAUUGGUCCCCCAGGCUCCAGUGACCGUGGUGGUCAUCGGUAUCGACAUCCUCUCCAUAAACUUGAGCUUCUUUCACUUACGUUAGUUGACAAACGUUAGAUACAGGAAAACGCAAGGAGAAGACGUUCGAAAUCGAUGAAAGAUAGUUAGUUUUUGAUAAAGUUCGAAACCUUUUAAAGAAGAAGGAAGGCGAUAAUGAUGAUGAUAUUAGGAGACAUUCGUAUGAUAGGGUGUCAAGCUUGACACAAGAUAUCGCAUGUACAGGGUGUCUCAAAAAAUGAAAAUAUACAUCGUGAAAAAUAUGAAUUCUUUGAGUCGAAAGAAAUCGAAAAGUCCUUUACCAUUUUCCAAUCCGACGUUUAGUUUUCAAGAUUAAAAUUGAAUCCUCGACUUCCGGGGUGGGGGUCACGUGAUUGGCUGUCCGCGCAGGCGCGCCAGCUUCAAAGGUGGCGCUCCACGACGCUCGAUCUACGAUCAUUUAGCAUCGAAUUGGGAAGGCGUAAAGGACUUUUCGAUUUCUUUUUUCACAGAGAAUCUAUUGUUUUCAUGGCGUAUGUUUUUCGUCGAGACAGAAAGCUCUGCUCGCAAGGGACGUUUCUUUUUUUGUAAAUUAACAGGCGUGUACGCGUUACAGCAUACAUUGUUAAUGCUUUUUAAUCAUUGUUUCAGUACUCAUCGAAGUUACGUUGAGUGAAUUGCAAACCGUACUCUUUAUACUCGUACACGCCUAAAAGAAGAGCGAAAAAGAGAUGAAUAGGUUCACAACUCGUCUUUUAAUAAUCUCUUUAUCCGUGUUAUCGUUGUCGAACGAAAAACAAGCAACAAAGAAUCUUCGUAACAGCUGCGCCAGUAGUGUUUAAUCGCUUAAAGAUCUCUUUUACGUUUCUAGUUGUUAUCGUUUCAUCGACUAGCUGUUCAAAUAGUUAUCGGUACACCGAAGGAAAUCUCUCCUCUGUUUCGAAGGAAAUUAGCAAUGAAACAGCGUUCAACUUGCAGAUACGUUAGCGUUUCUUACGGUGAUCCAUGACGACACCAUGAGAAACAUUUUAGCAAUAUUUUCGUCUCGAUGGUAGUCGAGCAAUAUAGAUAGCAAAAGUAUCUGCCGAUUAUUUUAUUAAGAAUAACGAAUAGAGAUUAAAAAUCCUUCUUGCAAAGGAAUUUGUUUUCAGGCGACGAUCUUUUAUUUCUUUUAAUUUAUUCGAAUCACGCGUGAUCAAUCGAGAAACAGUUUACGAAAAGAAGCGAAGAAGAUGUGCAUCAGUGAGAAAUGAAUAAGGAAAGUCUCGCAGAGAUUUUUAACCACAGUUUCUUAGACGUAAUCUCUAUAGGCAAAUAAAUAAAUAAGAAGAAAAAAAAAGAGCGUAAAAUAGUUUUUAAGGUCGGUAUUAUUUAUAUUCGUAAUAAGGAAGAGAAACGAAGCAAGAGUAAUUGAACGUUUGUUGUGUGUACAUCGUAAAGGUAUCGACAUUUAUAUAUAGUUGAUUCUAAUCCCCCAAAUAUCCGAUUUAAAAAAAAGAGAGCUCGAUUCAUCAUCAUUUGUAUAUCCGGUGCAAGAAUGAUUCAAAUCCGAAUGAAGCGAAACCAGGUAUGUUUAGCCGUACGAUUAUGCAUUCGAAAUAAAUAGUGUGUGCAUUUAAACAAUCUCAUACUACCUACCCCAUUUUAAUUAACUUACCUUGAUGACCAGGUAGGACGAACAAAUGUUCACCUUUGAAUCGUUGAUAGAACAAAGAGACACUUUUGUAAGAAAACGUGCAAUUGUAAGUUGCACUUAUCGAGAUCUGCAGUGUUGUAUUCGAAAUAAAGACAUUUA